CUCUGGGAGAGCGCACUGGCGGGAGCUGAGGAGGUGGAAACUUUAAACAGCGAUCCGGGGGGAGAGUUAAAGUAAUGUUUACAGAUCUAGCAAUUUCUCAGGGCCCCGGCCUUCUUACAGCCCCUUCUGAGGUCCAGGCCACGUUUACACGAGUGUCUAACACACAGUAUGCUAACUGCUCGAGUGUAUUCCGAUUGGGCGAACGCACCUUUACCCGUCAGUAUGCGCACAUUUAUGCCACUCGCCUGGAACAAAUGCGCCCGCUUUUAAUAAAGAGAGCAAAGCAGCUAUGGGGUGAUGAUGUAGCUGUGCGAAAGCUGUGUGAGCUGCAGGGGGAAGAGAAGUGUUGCGUGGUGGGAACCCUGUUUAAAUCCAUGGAACUCCAACCCUCAAUCCUGCGGGAGAUAAGUGAAGAACACAACCUUCUGCCCCAGCCUGCAAGGCACAAAUAUAUCAGUGAUUCUGACGAGUUAAUAUUGGAGGAUGAGCUGCAGAGAAUCAAGCUGGAGGGGGCUACAGAUGUGCAACAGCUCGUGACUGGUGCAGUCCUGGCAGUUCUUGGUUCAGAGGGGGAUGCUGGAAAGUUCAUGGUGGAAGAUUUUUGUCUGACUUCUCUUCCUGCACAAUCUCCACUCCCCAGGCUAAGUGAGGACAGGUUUGUGCUGCUGACCUCUGGCCUUGGCUUAGGUGGGGGCAGCGGGGACAGCCUGAUGGGACUGCAGUUGUUACUGGACCUAGUCACUGGCCAGGCUGGUGCAGAGGAAGAUCAAGGUUGUGCGGCUCGGAUAUCCCGUGUUAUCUUGGCUGGGAACCUACUGAGUCAGAACACACAGGGCAAGGAUUCUCUCAAUAAGGCCAAGUAUCUCAGCAAGAAAACUCAGGCUGCCAGUGUGGAAGCUGUGAAGAUGUUGGAUGAGAUCCUCCUUCAGCUGAGCGGCUCAGUGUCUGUGGAUGUGAUGCCUGGUGCGUUUGACCCUACAAACUACAUCCUGCCCCAGCAGCCCUUGCACCGGUGUAUGUUCCCACAGUCUGCUGUAUACUCCACUCUUCAGCUUGUGACAAACCCGUAUGAGGCAGAGAUUGAUGGUGUCAGGUUCCUGGGGACAUCUGGUCAGAAUAUCAGUGACAUCUAUAAGUACAGCAGCAUGCAGGAUUAUCUGGAUAUAUUAGAGUGGACACUGCAGGUUGGACACUUGUGCCCCACUGCCCCUGACACACUUGGCUGCUAUCCCUUCUACAAGUCUGAUCCGUUCAUCUUGCAAAACUGCCCUCACGUGUAUUUUUGCGGAAGUGCCCCCAAGUUCAGUUGCAAAGAGGUCACAGGUAAAGAAGGUCAGCGCGUUCUGCUGCUCACAGUCCCAGAAUUCUGCAGCACGCAGACUGCCUGUCUGGUGAAUUUGCGUACACUUCAGUGCCAGCCAGUCAGCUUCUCUGGUUUCAGUGCAGAUGAGGAAUUGUGUGAUUGAUCUGCUGUCUAUGUUUAAGCUAUGGAAUGCCAAUAAGUGGAGCACUUGUAAGUUUCUGAGCACUAAGGUUCACUGUGUUACACUCUACAUAUCCAUUUUUUUUUUACUAAGAAAGUAAUGUGGAAUACACACCCUUAUGAUGUUUCCUUAUAGAUAUAUUUUUUUAAUGAAAUGACUCUGAGGGAAUAAAACAUUCUCUCUUUC